UCAUCUGCCCUUCAUUUGGAUCAAAUGUCACACUCCCACACACAAAAAAUACAAAUAACUUUCGAAAUUUUUUAAAAUACCCUUCCCACCAAAAUGUCUCAUGAAACACAUAGUACCGAUAAAGAAGUCGAAAAGCAGGCUCCAGUUCUGGCAGCAGAGGACAUUAUCAUGGACAAAUGCUUGGCUGACUUUUGCCUGAAGGGUGGAAGUGGCCUGGUAAUCGGCGGCGUUUUCACCUUGUUUUUCACGCGACCACAAACGUAUCCGAUUUGGCUGGGACUGGGCUUCGGUAUGGGCAUGGCCUACGAUUGUUGCCAGGCCCGUUGGAACCAACAGUGAUUCGAGCUUCAACAAACAAAUUAUUUAUAAAAGUAUCACGAUCCUCGAAUCCAUAAAUCGAUUGUAUUCUA